AAAUACUUCUGCGAGUUCUUCCGAGUAAUUUUUUAAAACCUUUCCGCCCAGUUUCAAAAAUGACCGCAGUUAACUGGGAACAGUUUUAUCAAAAUCAAGCCCCACCGUCUUGUCUGGAUGAAGUCGGAAAGAAUGUCACUAAAUUUUGUGCGAAACAUCAAAACCAAAAGAUUGUCUUGGUAACGUCAGGUGGUACCACUGUCCCUAUGGAACACAACACCGUUCGUUUCGUAGAUAAUUUUAGCGCCGGGUCAAGAGGCUCUGCUUCAGUUGAAUACUUCCUCAAAGCUGGUUACGCAGUUAUAUUUCUUAAUAGGUUGAAUUCCCUGCAACCAUUCAUCCGCCACUUUCCAAAACAGGAACUCUUUGAUUGCCUGGAUGUAUCCGAUAGUCAACAAGGCCCACAAAUUACCGUCAACGCAAGGAAGGGCCAAAAGCUUGUAAGAAUCUUGAAAGAGUACAAACAAGUGUCCAAAGAGGAGAAGUUAAUGAGUGUUUCAUUUUCAACUCUCUCUGAGUAUCUGUGGCUGUUGCGAGUUAUAAGCCAAGAAUUAAACGCAUGCAAAAAGCAUGCCCUAUUAUAUCUUGCCGCUGCAGUAUCAGACUUCUAUAUUCCAGAAAGCAAACUGCCAACACAUAAAAUUCAAUCUAAUGUGCAGUCUUUGCAAGUGUCUUUCAAUUUGGUGCCAAAAAUGUUGGAGCCUCUAGUCUCUCUAUGGGUCCCAGACGCAUUUGUAGUCUCUUUCAAGUUAGAAACUGAUGAGAGUAUUCUCAUAUCAAAAGCAAGGGGUGCACUGGAAAAGUAUUCUCAUAAGUUGGUCAUAGGAAAUCUACUCCACUCAAGAAAAUAUCAUGUGCUGAUUGUAUCAGAUGCUGAGGAACAUGAGCUACGUUUGUCGCCUCAGGAAAUAGAAGCAGGGAAGGAAAUCGAGGAAAAGAUUAUCUCUGAACUUGUCAAAAGGCACGAUGACUAUCUAAACCAAAGUUAGUAUUUAACCCAGAACUGUAAAGAAAGCAUCAUUGUAGGUGUGGGAUCUGCGAUUCAAACUAAUAAUUCAUUCUCAAAUUUCAUGAUAACUGCAACGGUACCACUGAUUUUUAAAGAAAAAUCAACCCAGAAACAACUAUAAAUUUUCAUGUAAAACUCCCAGGAGGGAUAUACUUUAAGUAACUUUGAAAGCUUUUUAUCACUUUUAAAGUAAGUUUUGGAUAAAACAGGUGGUACCGUUGCUUUUUGCAAAUUUUUAAAGAGAAUUAGCUCACUCAAUCGCAUAUCCUAGGAGCUCAAAGGUGUCUUUAACUCAAAGCUUUGGUGCUGGUACAUAUUUUUUUAAGAGUAUAUUGAUGGCUGAAGUCAAAGAAUACUAAUCUCAGAUUGCAACUUCAUAAAUCUCUGCACAAAUUUUAUUUUUUAAAGGAAAUUUAACCAAUAGAUUCCCUUGAAGUAUUCUGUGAAUUUUCUUCUUUCAUUGUAUAAAAAUCUAACAAAAUUGCCAGGAAACUUGUUGAUCAGUUUUCCUUGCAGAAAAUAAAACAAAAUCAGAGAUUUUUAUAUGUUACAAUAAUUGAGGUAAGCAUUUUUGCAUCUAGCCAUCGAUAUUUAUUUAUUGAACUUGGCAGGUAAGAAAAAUGCAUAUGUAAUAUGUAUAGGUAUCAUUAUUUAUAUUUAUUUUGUUUGUAUUAUUUAUUCAUUUUUUCCUCUCAUACGUAAUUGCUGGUACGAUAUUCCUUUGAUUUAUACGGUUUUUGGGUAGGUUCAGACCCUAAUCAUGGUGCAUGCAUUUAAUUGUACUCUGAAAAUAGGUUUUUUUAUAUCAUUUGAAGACUGAUACCACUAAAUGAACUUGUAGCGUUUUUCGGGACUCUAAGUGCUAAUUUUAACUUUCCUUAAGUCUGAUUUUUUCACAUCUGAAAUCCUCAGAAAGUAGAAGUUUCCCUCGAACUUCACAUUUUAUGCUAGAAUUAAGUACAUAUGUUUUUUGACUGGUUGUUGUUUAUUAAAUUUCAUUUAAUUUGUUAAUUAUAUUUUAUUAAACUUUUUUUCAACUGUCCAGAAACUGGGCCAGCGGGUAUAAUUUAAGCCGCAGUGUCUCUACACAAUUAAAAUAUAGUAAGUGCCGACCAAAUGAAAAA